CGUCGUCCGGCCCAAAAUAUCUCACAAAGCGCCGGGACCUCAAACCGAUUUCAAUCGUCUAUUUAAAGAAGAUGUCGACAAGAGUUUGGCAAAUCUUCCGAACGCAAUCAUGAUUUGGGAGGUCGCUAGAUCCAUCCAAAGAUUGCCAGAAGACCAGCAAAAAACCAUCAUUACGGGCCACCCGCACGAGGAUCCUUUGCGUUUUGGGAUACAGUUAUCCGGUCUCUUGUCAUCCCCCACAGAUGUCGAGGGAGCUGAUCCUGAGCUUCUCGCUCUCAUCCGCUCCACUGAAGCAGAGCUAAAGGCCGAACAGGACAAAGUUGAUACACCACCCGCAUCCAUUGCAGAUAAUGCUCGAGAAGUCAUCCGGCGAAUACUUGCUAGGGGUCAAGUCCGUUUUGGCAUCAAUAUCUCACUUGACGAUGGACAAACAAACUUUGCACAAAGAUUGAAACCAUGUAAAAUCAGUGAUUCAAAUAUUUGGCAGCGGACUUAUGGGUCAGAUUGUUUCCUGCGGGUUCGUUUGAGUGAGAAUGUCCUUCACGAAGCUGGCAAGGGGCGUAAAGAGCAGUUGGGAAGAAAACUGUGGAAACUCCUCAAUCGAACCAUCAUCUUUGCACAAAAAGAAUAUAAGGCAGCAGUGUUGAAAGAGGAUAUAAUCUGGUUCUUCACGUCACCCCAAAGUCCUGCUCCUCCUCUUACCAUACGUGACCUGGUAGAGAAAGAUAUGCCGAUCCGCUUGAAUGAUGGGAUGCGAAUCUCAAAAUUCCCCAGCUUUCAUGAGUCGAAUUUCUCAAAGACUAGAGCUUGGGUACAAGCCAUUUAUUCUUCUGAUGAUUCUCUUGUCUACGCAAAUAACUCAGCUAUUGUUGAAGGAGCUCACGUCGACCCAAGCGCAUCAUACACUGGACAACGCUACAGUUGGAGGAUGUGCAUGGAACCAGACAUGAUAGAAGGAAAGUCAAUCCAGAUGCGCGAAAGCGAACGAACCCGGACUGGUGGACAAACCCUCACAAUCAGCUUUCGUGCUAUCGUAUAUAAUCAAGAGGUUUCUCGGUGGGACGAGAAAGAAGGAUCGAUAACUAUACCAAGGCGUGAAAUUCAAUUUGUUCAGAUGAGUACAGCUCCUGCAGUUAUGACCGACGGAGCCGCAGCGAUCAGUAAAUUUGCUGCUCAAAAGAUAAAGGAUAGUUUGGGGAUGAAUUUCCUUCCUUCGGCUUUCCAAGCCCGGAUCAUGAAAGCCAAGGGUGUCUGGUAUCUCUCAAGUCAUGAUUCAAUCGAAGAGGAUGAAGAAUCCAUGUGGAUCGAGAUUCGAGACAGCCAAUGGAAGGCUGAUGUUUCGUACGGUCAUGACGUGGACAUUCCAUUCAAUUUGGUCCGAUCUUCGCGCCACGCCAAGACAGGGCAUGUCUUAGCGUCGCGAAAAGUACCUGUCUCGACUUUCACCGACCUCUUGAAGCUCGAACUCCUCACCGUGUUUAAUUCUCUAACAGACCUGAAUCAUCUGAUGGUCACUUCCUAUUUAGACAAUCAUGCUGAAGUGCAUAUCAACACGGAAGAUGUAGAGGAUUUGUCAGAGAGGCUUUCAAGACGACCUUUGGAUGCCAUUACAUCGGUCUAUGCCAUGCCUGACCCGACGGGAACUUUGAAGGAGGGCGAGGUAUUCUUACAGCUUUCACAUUUCGUGGAUCAGGAUACAGCUUUACCAAUACAAGUUCUUCGAGGAGAGUGUAUCGUUGCUAGAUCGCCUUGCGUACAUCCAUGCGACGCUCGCAAGGUGACAGCCGUAGCUAAUCAAAACUUGGUGCGUUAUGAUGAUGUGCUGGUAUGCUCGGUCCUCGGAGAACGGUCUCUACUGGACUAUCUGUCCGGCGGUGAUACCGUCACAGUCAUCUGGGAUCCACAUAUCACCGAACCGUUUGUGAAUGCGGAUGUCGGAGAAUGUAUCUCUCAAAAAGAGCUUAAAGAAUACGAAAAGUAUUUCGAAGUCUCCACCAUUAACUCUAUUUCCAACUCCAAAGAUAACGCGCACCAUAGUUCUCUGACUAGCGGAACUGUCAAAGACUACGUACAUCUGGAUGACAAUGGUAGUACUAGUUACGAAGACGCCCUGAGAAUGUCUCAGUUGGUGACUCUCUUUCAAUCUACGGAUUUUGGGCGCUACUCGCAGAUGCACAAAGUGCUUGAAUAUCUAUAUGGCGUGGGUGAUCCCAGAACACAAAAAUUUGGUUACGUAUACAUCAGAUGUCUGGAUGCUGCUAAGCAAGGUAUCUCGCUGUCUACAAAGGCGCAUACUAUGUUGAAGAAGGAGUUUGAAUCAUUACCGGAGCUCAGCAAUCAUAAUAUGAAAGAGGUGAUACCUCUUCCUCCUUGGACGCAAAUGCUCCAAGCGGGUGACCGAGAAGAGAGGGUGUGGUCUGAAAGUAGAAAACAAAGGAUUUACCUUCCCAGAAAGUCCACACACGUCUUGGGCAAGUGA